GUGGGGGGCUGCGGGGGGGGCGUGGGGCAGCUCCUGUGGGCGAGGAAGGGAUGACGACGUCGGCGGUGGUGAGCGGGGAAGGUGGCGAGAGGGACACGGUGCCGGCGGCACGGUGCUGCGGGUGGCGUGGGGAGGAGGCUGGGGCUGGCGGCAGGAGGGGACGGAGCUGGGCUGGGGCGGGCGGUGGCCCCAGGGUCCGGCGGGAGCAGGGUUUGCCCCGUGGGGCGGGACGGGCGGCAGCGGACGGCAGUGCCCAGGGCCGGAGCGUGGGAGCCACGGGGGGACGUGGCGGCAGCCGGAGCGCCAGCUGUCGUCCCGUGCCAGGCUGCGCUCCGCGUCUCGGCCGAGCAAUAAACCCAGCUGGUGCACUCUCGUGCCCGCCUCGCCUCUCCUUCGGCCGCGGCGGCACCCUGCGGCUGGGCAGCACCGGGGUGGGCGCGUGGCGUGGCUGAGGGAGCCCUGCCAGGGCAGGCACCGCGGUGAGCCUGGGGGUGGCUCCAGCCUCGGUGCCCCAGGAUUUGGGGUGGGGAUGGAGCCUGGGGGGGGGGGGGGGGGGGGCAGGUCAGCGCUGCGCCCCGCACCCCGUCGCAGCCACGGUGGGUCCGUGCCAGCGGGAGAGGGAGGGCGGCUGCCGGGCGGCCGACGGCGAGGCGGCGCGGGUCCCUCCCGCGCCCGGCGCUCCCGUCAUGUGGUUUCACACCCCCUGGACUUACUUCCAAAAAAGCAUUUCCUCCUGCUGCGGUCGGGUGUAAAAGCCUGUGUGGGGAGGGCUGGUGCUCACUUACCACGCGUCGCGCGCUGCCGGUGGCGGCAGCGGCGGCAGCAGCGGCGGCGAUGGGGUGCAGGGGCACCCUGCCGGGGCGCUGAGCUGCCCUGACACCCCACCGCGUCCCUCGCCCCGGUCCUCUCGCCGCCCCGGCAUGACCCAGCCGCAUCAGCUGCAAGGAUGAAGCGCUGCUGUCCGGGGGCGGCUUGGGUGAUCCUGGCAGCCCUGAGUCUGGCAGCGAGUGAAUUGCAGCCCCCAGGGUGCCGGGACCGCGCCGUGCCGCAGGGGCGGUGGGUCCUGGUGCGGCCGCCCAGCCGCCCGCGGAGGCACGCCACCAGACCCCCAUGCCCCGCCGGGACGAACUGGAUCGAGGGGGCUCACCAGUGCUGUGCCCUGUGUCCCGCAGGUGAGGGCCGCCUGGCCGGCGCGGCAUGGCACGGCAUGCCGGGGCACACUGGGCACGUCGGCCCAGAUGGUCGUGCUCCCUGUCACCCCACUGUCCCCACAGGGACAUUCCUGCACAGCCCCUGCUCGAGCCGCGGCAACGACAGCGUCUGCACCGCCUGUCCCGCCGGCACCUUCAGCGCCCAGCCCAACACCUUCCCCGAGUGCCAGGCUUGCUACGAGUGCGACCGCCAAGCUUUCCAGAGCGUGUUGAGCAACUGCUCGGCCACCAGCAACGUCGCCUGCGGCUGCGAGCCCGGCCGCUUCCGCGACUGCCUUGACGAGCGCUGCAGCGAGUUCUCCUGCCGGCAGUGCCAGCCCUGCACCGGGCGGCUCAUCCAGCGGCCCUGCUCGGAGGCGCAGGACGCGCUCUGCGGCAGCUGCAAGCCUGACUUCUACGCUGAGGGCGGCGAGUGUCGGCCGUGCAGCGCGAGCGCCCCGGAGACGUGCGGCAAGGAGUGCCAGCGGGCGUGCGGCGGCAGCGGCGGCCGAGGCUCGGGGCUGGAGUACAUCCUGCUGGCGCUCACCGGGCCCUUCUUCCUCGGUGCCCUUGCCAUCUACCACAAGAGGAAGCGGCUCCGGCACGAUGCCCUGGCAGACAGCCCCCUCCCCACGCCGCAGGCGGCCGCUCCCGCGGCCAGGGCUGCGGCCGCGCCGUGGUACCAGGUCAGUGCCCGGGGGUGGGACGGCCUGCACUGGACCCGGCCGUGCUCCCCCCAGGUGACGGCGCUUGCCGGCGGUGCGGCGAAGCAGAGCCCCGAGCACCGGGCCUUACUGCGGGAGCAGCCCGGCGGCGUGGCGCGGCUGGGCGGCGAGGCGGAGCCGCCCGCCGCCCCAGAGCCCCGCGGCGCCCUGCUGCAGGGCAGCCAACUCUACGCCGUCAUCAACGCGGUGCCGGUGAGGCGCUGGAAGGAGUUCAUGCGGGUGCUGGAGCUGCGGGAGGCGGAGAUCGAGCUGGUGGAGCUGGAGGUGGCCCACAUCCGCGACCAGCAGUACGAGAUGCUGAAGCGCUGGUGCCAGCAGACCAGCGCCACGCUCGACCGCGUCUUCGCCGCCCUGGAGCGCAUGGAGCUGGCCGGCUGCGCCGAGGCACUGCGCCGGAGCCUGCUGGCGGGCCCCUGACCUGCCCGGCGAAGGCACCCUGGCGGAGGGAGGUCCCGGCACCUCCCCAGCUCGCCGGGCACCUCGGGCGAGCCGUACCCCUAAGUAUUGUUACUUAUGCCGUGUAGACAUUUUAUGUCAGUUUUAUGUUCCCUCCCCGCCCGCCCGCCCCCCCCCUAUUUAUGACCCCCUGCUCCCAGGGCUGGGGGGGGGGGGCCUGUGCCCCGGCACACCGGCUGCCCGGCCGCUCGCGGGACGAGCGGGCGCCGAGCCCGCCGUGAACCCAUGGGAUAGUUCUCGAGGCCGCCCGCUGCCGGGCGCGCCUGCCCCCGCCCCAAUAAAGUGGCAUGUUCUCCAUCCGCCAGUCCCCGGCCCUUCUUCCUGGGGCUGUGCCGGCCUGGCCGGGAACCGGUGCGCUGCUGGCGUAAGGGCCGCCCCAGGUGACGCGGCCACUGCAGGUGACGGCGGCGAUGCCGGUGAUGUGGCU